GUGCCGGUUCUGGGGGUGCUGCUGCUGGUGGAGCUGGUCCUGGAUGAGCUGGCGCUGAGGGUUCUGGAGCUGCUGGAGGUGCUGGAGCUGCUGGGGGUGCUGGAGCAGCUGGUGCUGGUGGCGCUGCACAGCCGCGCCUCCGGCUGUCACCGGCACCCACUCGUAGUCCGUCGUCCUUCCUCUCCUCCGCAGCGUGUUCCCCUGCCGUCCCCUCCUGCGUCUUCUCUGCCUACCGUUCCUGAGCCUGAGUCUGACCGCACCCGUGCUGCUCACUCUACUGUCACGCGUCUGCUAGCCACAGUUGUCACUGACCCGUCGUUUGAGUCUGCUGCUGCGUCUGCCUUAGUCGCUGAGCUUGUUGACUUUGCUGCUGCCUGUCGUCUAGACUACGCCGCUAGUCUUGUUGCUGAGUCAGAGUCUGUCUGUCCUCCGUCCGUCGGGGGUGAGUGUGCUCUUGGCACGGACGUCCUUGAGGACAGGCAGGAGGACCUUGAGUGUCUUGCAGCCGCUGCGCCUCAUCUCGUGUCCAUGCUGCUUGCCCCUGAGGGAGACCCGGAUGCACCAGACAUCCCGACCCCGCACUCUUACGCUGAGGCGAUCGCGGGUGAGUACUCCUCUUAG